CCUCCUCCCCCCGCCGCCCCGCGCAUUCCCGACCCUCCCGGGCGGCGGCGGCGGCGGCGGCGGGGGCCCGGCGGUGCCGGAGCGGGGCGGCGGUGCCGGACCCCCACCAUGCCGCAGCUGGAACCGGCGGGGGGGGACGACCUGGGGGCCCCCGACGAGCUCAUCGCCUUCCAGGACGAGGGCGAGGAGCAGGACAAGGGCGCGGGGCGCGGCUCGGCCCACGGGGACCUGGACGAGCUCAAGUCCUCCCUGGUCAGCGAGACCGAGAACCGGGGGGGGCGGCCCCGGCGCCGGCCCCGGCCCCGAGGCGGAGCGGCCCCCCCCAGCCCCGGGAAAGUUUCCAGAAGCCGCGGGACUAUCUGGCAGAAGUGGUCAGACGACAACAAGAUGGGGUUUUUUUUAAGGGGCCCCCCUACCCCGGCUACCCCUUCCUGAUGCUCCCCGAGCUGGGCAGCCCGUACCUCGCCAACGGAGCUCUCUCCCCCGGUGGCGCCCGCACCUACCUGCAGAUGAAGUGGCCGCUGCUGGACGUGCCUGCUGGCGCCACGCUGAAGGACAGCCGCUCGCCCUCACCCGCACAUUUGUCAAACAAGGUCCCGGUGGUGCAGCACGCCCAUCACAUGCACCCGCUGACACCGCUCAUCACCUACAGCAACGACCACUUCUCGCCAGGCUCACCGCCCGGCCACCUCUCACCGGAGAUCGACCCAAAGACGGGAAUCCCUCGGCCGCCGCACCCAUCCGAGCUGCCCCCCUAUUACCCGCUGUCACCCGGAGCCGUGGGCCAGAUCCCGCACCCGCUGGGCUGGCUCGUGCCGCAGCAAGGACAGCCCGUGUACUCAAUCCCUCCCGGCGGCUUUCGGCACCCCUACCCUGCCCUCGCCAUGAACGCCUCCAUGUCCAGUUUGAUGUCCAGCCGUUUCUCCCCACACAUGGUCCCACCACCCACCCAUGGGCUGCACCCCUCAGGCAUCCCGCACCCAACCAUCGUCUCGCCCAUCGUGAAGCAGGAACCCACCCAGCCCAACAUCAGCCCCGGAGGCAACUCGAAAUCCCCCGUCACUGUGAAGAAGGAGGAGGAGAAGAAACCCCACAUCAAGAAGCCGCUCAAUGCCUUCAUGUUGUACAUGAAGGAGAUGAGGGCCAAGGUGGUGGCCGAGUGCACGCUGAAGGAGAGCGCCGCCAUCAACCAGAUCCUGGGCAGACGAUGGCACUCGCUGUCGCGGGAGGAGCAGGCAAAGUACUAUGAGCUGGCACGGAAAGAGCGGCAGCUGCACUCCCAGCUCUACCCGACGUGGUCGGCACGGGACAACUAUGGCAAGAAAAAGAAGAGAAAGCGAGAGAAGCUGGCCCAGCAGCAAAGCCACGACACGGAGAGCUCGCUGGCAUCCAAGAGCAAGAAGCCGUGCGUGCAGUACCUGCCAGCCGAGAAGCCGUGUGACAGCCCUGCGUCCUCCCACGGCAGCAUGUUGGAUUCGCCCGCCACGCCGUCGGCCGCCCUGGCAUCCCCGGCCGCGCCGGCUGCCACCCACUCGGAACAGGCUCAGCCCCUCUCACUCACCACCAAGCCAGAGGCCAGGGCGCAGCUCACCGUGCAUUCAGCCACCUUCCUCUCGGGCAAAGCCACCUCUUCUUCCUCCUCCUCUUCCUCCUCUUCCUCCUCCUCAAGCCUCAGCAGCCCGCCCUCGCUCCUCUCCAGACCCAUCCCCUUCACCUCGGUGCCCUCCACGGCUCUCCUGUCCUCGCCUCCGUCCUUCGCAGCUGCCAUCCCAUCCCCGCAGGCUGCUUUGGCCGUGCUGCAAACGCAGCCCCUUUCCCUGGUCACCAAACCUGCUGACUAAGGGAAAAACUCGUCCCCCCCUUGUCCCAUCCUGUCCGUCCCCUCCCUGCUGUACAUUGCAGAAGCCACAAUCAAGAUUCAAAUGCAGCCAAAACCAUUAUUGGUCAAUAUUUGACCCUUUCUGAACUCUUCUGUAAGCAGACUCUGGAGGAAGGGGCUUUCUGCUCAGAGCUGCUGCCAGCAGUCAACCUAAAGACCGUUUUUAUUAAAAAAAGGAAAAAAAAGGAAAAAAAAAAAGGAAAUAAA